GCUUUUUCUUUAUUCAUUCACCUUCACCUGUAAGGUUGCAAAGCUCCACAGUGUAAUAGUGUGUUAAUCUUGAACAAAAGGCUAAAACUGGUGUUAUUUCUGCUACCUGAGAAGAUUGCAUUUGUUGAUAAAAAAAGGUUAAACCAACAUGGAAACCAGAGGGUUUUGAAACUGUUCAUAGGGAUAAAGCAAGCCAUUUUGAACUUGAGAAAAGACAUUAGUUGAUGACAGAACCAUUGUGAGGACUGAGAAAAUUCCAAAAACAACAGUCAGUUACAUCACCAACAACCUUCAAAUGCAGGAGUAAACAUAUUACAAACAACCAUUUGGAGAUAAUUUUGAGAGCAGAAAUAUAGAGACCAUUCCAAAAGAUGCAAACCACUUAUCAGAAGUAAGAAAUUCAAAAGACCAGAUUGGAAAUUACAAAGAAAUUCAGAGAUGAGCCAAAUUCCAUGAUUAACCUCUAGCAAAGUGAUCGAAUAGCCAAAGUGUGGUGAAAGAAAAGAUCUGCCCAUGAUCCAAAACAUACAAGCUCAGAGAUUAUGCAUGUUGGAGGUAGUGUCAUGGCUUGGGCUAGCAUGACUACUUCUGGAACAGGCUCAAUCAUUUGUAAUAAUUAUGUAAAUUCAUGAUGGUAGACACAGACUGAAUUCAGACAUUUAAUCAAAUUGAAUCAUAGAGCUAAAUCAUAGAGCAAGACAAUGGCCUUUUUUCCUCUAAUGUGACAACGUAAGAGGAAAAAAGCUUUAAGUCAAUCACCAGACCCAAGGGACCCAAAUGAGAUUGAAGGGAUUUGAAAGAUCUCUAUUGUUUUCUUAAUAAAUUUGAUGUAUUGUAUAAUCAACAAAUAAAUGAAUAAAUAAUUACAUUUAAGAUUUUGUGCAGCCCUGAUUUUUAAGUUUAUUCCUGAUGAAUUUGUUUCAUGAAUGUAAUACCUAGAUAUCACAGAAAGAUGGCAGUAUAGUCCUGUUGAAGAUAGGCCUUAAUCUCUGCAAGCACACAAAUUUUUUUAAUUAUUUAUUUAUUUUAUUCUACUUUUCUCUUUCUUAUAUUCUUUAAAUACCAAAUAUUGUUUGUACCAUUAGGCUCAUAUUCAGGUUGGAAAAAUAGUAUAAACAAAUUUAACAAAAACUUGCUCAAACAAUAAAGCACUGAUGUAACAACUGUUUCCUGUGUUUCCUUCCUGUGGCAUCAUUUCUUCUUCCUCCUGCUUAUUGUGACAAACCAGAAGUGCUUUCUCAGACCUCCUCUGCUGACUCCUUCAACAUGCAGUUCACAAGAUUUUAGAAAAGACCAAAAACAUAUAGUUAUAUAGCACAUUGUGAGUUUGGAACGAAAGCUGGUGAUGUGCAGAAAACAAUGCAAACAUUUGUGAGGACUCUGUCCUUGUUCCAAGUUUUGAUAAGUGUGACAGUGAAGAGCAAGGCUGAACAUGUUUUUACUGGAACAGAAGGAGGCAGUGUGGAUAUCACCUGUAAAUACCCUGAUGGAUAUCAAUAUACAACCAUGUACUUAUGUCGUCAUCCAUGCUAUUCUUCUGAUGUCUUAAUUAAAUCUCAGAAGGUUGAUCAGGCCAUCUCUAUGGGAAGAUACACUGCACUAAACAUUCCAUCUGUCCGGAGUUUCACUGUCACCAUCAGACACCUCAGAUUAAAGGACUCUGGAGUUUAUUACUGUGGAGCGGAUAAAUGGGGAUAUGACAUAUUGAUUAAAGUAAAGCUUAAUGUCACUAAAGGCAUUAUGUUUCCUGCUACAGUUCCUGCUGUGUCUUCACAUGCUCCAGUCGUUUUGCAGUGUCAAAGCCCUGAUGUUACACAGCUUCCCCAUGCUAUGACAGUGAUAUCAAGUACUGCAGAUAAUUUCACCUCAGAUGAACAAGCAUCAUCUACAACUCAACCUCAACAUUCUAUAAACACACACCUUCAGUUGCUUGUUGUUUGUGGAGGAGUGCUGGGCCUAAUGUUCUGCUAUGUUUUUGCAACUCUUGUGAUUCUCUACAGAAAGAAAUCCAGCACACAAAACACAUCUUUGAAACCACCUGCUCCUGAAAGCCAAAUUUCACAUCCAUCACCUGAUCAGGAGGACAUUUGCCAUGUGAAUGAUUACAUGUCGGCUGUGUAUAGUUAUAGUUAUAGAGGAGAUGAAUCUUCAGCCACUUACAGCACCAUUCAGCUCCCUGCUCCAGCAGAUAAUGAUCGCAGUCUAUACUCUGUUGUAAUUUUUCACUGAAAACAAUUAACGCAUCCUAUAUAUGUGUGGUGCAUAAUACACAAAGAUAAAAACAGUUUUGUGGAUUAUAAGACAAUAAGUACUCUUUUGGGCAUACACUGUCUUAUUUAAACUCCUGUAUUCCUCACAUAUUUAACCAACUAGCAAGAAGUAAGACUUGACAUGCUAUAUUUUAAUGACAUGGUUUCUAACAUCCUGUACAAAUUGUCACAUAAACCCAGUGCUUUUGGGUGUCUAUGAUAUUUUUUUCCCAUCUUGUAGCUCUUAUACAAACAUGUACAUAUAAUGCUAAUGCAGAUUGAAACACACUUAGAUUAAUUCAACAACUGUAUCCACUGACCACUCAUUGGUAAAAAUGUUUUCUAAUGUUUCUGAGAAGGUCAUCAAAAUAGUCUGAACUGUGAGAAGCUCCUCUGUGAAAGAAUUGGAGAAAAAUAGUCAAGAUCAGCAUACACGCUUCCUUUCACAAGUAGCUAUGAUGUUAUUUUUAAGGUGUGAAGUGGUACUGUUGUUGUGACAAACAAAACAAAAAGUUUCAGCCUUACUGCAAGCAAAUUGUAUACCUCCAUGUAUUACAGCCUAUUCCUGAAACAGUGACAAAUUAUUGCUUGUACAACAUAUGGCAAUAACAGUAAUUUCAAUAUACAGUAGAUCAAUAAAUACAAUAUACAAUACAAGGAAAACUGCAAUACCAAAUAACAUUUUAAGUAAUAUACAGUUUGUAUACCGUUGUCAAAAUGAAUUCUGACAUCUUUCUGUUCCAGUAGUUAUGCUAAUGUCUUUUUUGCUGUAGAGUCCAUAUGGAGUGACAGUCAGAAAUACAUGCAUUCAUGCAAUAUUUAGGGCCCGAGCACCGAAGGAGCAAGGCCAGAGGCCUUGCACCGUAGGUGCGGAAGCCCUAUUGUUUUCUUUAGAAUUUUAUAUUUAUUUAUUUUUAGGGCCCGAGCACCGAAGGAGCAAGGCCAGAGGCCUUGCACCGUAGGUGCGGAAGCCCUAUUGUUUUCUUUAGAAUUUUAUAUUUACAGCGUUACAGCGCGUUACCCGUUACAGCGUUACCCGUUACAGCGCCCCCUGGAAAACCUUGCUGCAUAGCUGAUACACACUUGCACGUAUCCAUGUACAACUUGGUACACACUUAGAUCUCAUUGAAAUGAACAACUUUCACACUGCAUGUCAUUAAGUCUAAUCCACAGGAAGUGAGUUAUUUUGAGUUGUUUGCAAAACGCACCCAAUGGAAUUUGAAAUACUCCUCCUAGGGAAUUGAUACAACUGCCACCAAUCCCAGGCUAAAAUGAUCUCAAGACAUUGAUAAUGCAAAAUUGCGAAGGGAAAUUUGAUAUCUCAAACGGUUCAGCCGUGAGAAGCCCUUAAACUUUUGGCGAAUAAAACGAAACAGGAAGUGGCUAAUAACUUCUGUGUACAUUAUGUGAUCUACAUGAAACCUAUAUUAAAAAAAUUAAUGUUCUUAUAUCUUAACAGUGGAAAGCCCUAAUGUUUCAAAAAAAUGUACAUAGAAAGAACAACUGGUUAUGAGUAAUUCUGCUUAGUUUCAUGAUUUUGUGACGCUCAAACGGCUCACAACAAAUUUUUACAUUUAUCAGUGCAUUGACUGGACAUGGCUUUGGCCUGACUCCUGCAGUACUAGACUAUGUCCACUAGAGGAUCUUUCCACUUUAUUUUUAUUUUUUUAAAUAUGGCUUCAUGUUCACAAUUUAUAUAUACAGAGUCAGCCAAAAAAUGUAUAUAUAGACUUCAAGAAAAGAAAAAGUAGACAUUUUUUCAUUUUUUUGCAGACAUUGUUUGCACUUAUAUUCUUAAUUGCCUGCUUUAUGAUCAAAAUGUGGCCUAAAUAAUUUUAUCAUUUCAAUAAAAUUGGCUUAGCUCACUUUGUUAAUCUUAACUUUAUUAAAGCAUAUAAGCAUUUAAGAAAAAAAAAUUGUUGCCGUUUUAUUUAUUUCCAUUUUUCUCAUCAUCAACUUCAUUAAUUAGUUUAUUCUUAUUAGAAACAAGGCAAAGCAGAAUCCUGGGUCAAGGCUGGAAUACACUCUGUAUGAGAUGCUUGUCCACACACACACCCACACACACACACACACACACACACUUGAUGGCUGCCUGUGAUCGCUUAUUCCAUCUUCUUCACAUUUAAAUUCAUUACGUUCAUAAAAUUAUACCAUUGUCUAGCCCAUUCUCUACUCUGUCUAGGUUUCUAAACCAUCCUGUGUUAAUGUGACACGUGGGCUUCUACCUAGUACUUUCGAUGCGACUUUGAGGCUAAUUUUAUCAUGGUAACUUACACCUUUUUUGCAGACACAUGCAUUUGCACAAUGUUAUGCAUUUGCAAACUGAAUGUACAUUGAGCUUAAACCACACCCCAUCACCACUGACUACAAACUGAUACUAUAGUGCUAUAACGUCUGACCAAAUAUUUCAUGACUGCACCUGCAGAAAGUGGCGGAAGUGGCUUCGCAUUCCGAGGUGAAAUGGAGCAUUCACCUUACAGAAAGACCACAGAGAUGUUUAAUCUCUCUAUGUCAAUCUCUAUUCUUUAGAUAUUAUAUUUGAUCAUUAAGACACAACACAGGCAAUAUGUAGUGGAUAUAAAAAUAUAUAUUUAUCAGAUUGCAAAGGGAUCUCCUGUGCUCAGCUCUCUUUAAGACAUUUUUACAAGCUUUCUAUAGGACUUCUAUGGGAUCUGUGCUCUGAAUUGGCCAGGUCCUUUAAUAUUGCCAGAGGUCUAUUUGCCGCCUCUCUGAUUUUGCCUUAUUCUUUUGUCAAUUUUGGAAGGAUAUAAGCUCUCCUCAUCACGACCUUGAGAUGCUGUACAUGCUUUGUAAGCCCUUUGCGGACUAUGGCUUCAGUAUGUGGAUAAAACCAAGAAGAUUUAAAAAAAAAAAAAAAAUACAGACACAGCUGAUCUUUAUUUUGGGUUAAUCAGAUUCACUACACUAAUCAAUCACUUCACAAUAGCAGAUGAUCCCUGUCUUGAUAAUGGUACACGCUUAACACAAUUUUGCAGUGAUGCAUUUUGUCACAAUAUAUUGUUACCCAGAUAAUUCUGUGCACCACUGUUGAAUUAC